ACAGAAACUCUCUUCACUCUCCAUUCUUUCUUUCUUCCUUCCUCUUCUAAACAAAGAUUUAAACCAAAAUUUUCAGUUUCUUUUUAGUCCGAACUUGAUGUAUUUCCUUUAAAAGUCCGUUCUUUUUUUAAUCUUUUCCCAUAUUUGGAAUUGGGGUGUAAAAAAGAAGAAAAAGAAUUGAACUUGAUCUAGUUUUUGUGAAAUUAUGAAUCCAAUCCAUGUUUGUGCCUAAAAGGGUCUUCAAUGGAGGUGCCAACAUAGUCAUUGCAUUGAUCUAUAUAUAUAUAUAGAUUGGUACGAUCAACGAGAGGUGAAGGUAGAAUUUUGAGCCAAGAAAGUUGAAUGGUUGGAUCUUUACAUUUUAUGAAGAUGGAGCUUGCUUAGUCCAAACUUGAAUUUAGAUUUCUUCAAAAUGGGAAGUAAGGAGAAUAUAAUUGUAGGUUCUCAUGUUUGGGUUGAAGACCAUGAGUUGGCUUGGCUUGAUGGGAAGGUAUCAAAGAUUACUGGACAGGAUGCCGAGAUCGAAGCUUCAAAUGGGAAGAAGGUCACGGCAAAAUUAUCGAAAAUAUAUCCGAAAGAUAUGGAAGCUCCUGCUGGUGGAGUUGAUGACAUGACAAAGCUUUCUUACUUGCACGAGCCUGGAGUUCUGGAGAACCUGAAAACAAGAUAUGAGCUGAAUGAAAUCUAUACGUAUACUGGAAAUAUUCUUAUUGCCAUCAAUCCAUUUCAAAGACUGCCCCAUCUCUAUGAUGGUCACAUGAUGCAACAAUACAAGGGAGCACCAUUUGGAGAGUUAAGUCCUCAUGUUUUUGCGGUUGCUGAUGUUUCAUACAGGGCAAUGGUCAUUGAAGGGAAGAGCAAUUCCAUUUUGGUCAGUGGUGAAAGUGGUGCGGGUAAAACCGAGACCACGAAAAUGCUUAUGAGGUACCUUGCAUUUUUAGGCGGUCGAGCUGCCACUGAAGGACGAACAGUUGAACAACAAGUUCUUGAAUCAAAUCCAGUCCUUGAAGCAUUCGGGAAUGCUAAAACUGUUAGAAAUAACAAUUCCAGCCGUUUUGGUAAAUUUGUUGAGAUCCAGUUUGACAAGCACGGAAGAAUUUCUGGAGCUGCCAUCAGAACUUACCUUCUAGAGAGAUCUCGUGUUUGCCAAGUUUCCAAUCCUGAGCGCAACUACCAUUGUUUUUACCUUCUUUGUGCCGCACCACAGGAGGAAAUAGAGAGGUAUAAGUUGGGGAGCCCAAAAUCAUUCCACUAUCUUAACCAGUCAACUUGCUUUGAACUAGUUGGUGUAAGCGAUGCGCAUGACUACCUUGCCACAAGAAGAGCUAUGGAUAUUGUUGGAAUAAGUGCAAGGGAGCAGGAAGCAAUUUUCAGAGUUGUUGCUGCAGUCCUUCAUAUUGGAAAUAUUGAUUUUGCUAAGGGAAAGGAAGUUGAUUCAUCGGUACCUAAAGAUGAUCAAUCUAAAUUCCAUCUCAAAACAACUGCGGAGCUGCUAAUGUGUGAUCCUGUUGCCUUGGAAGAUGCAUUAUGCAAGCGUGUCAUGAUCACUCCCGAGGAGGUUAUCAAGCGAAGUCUUGAUCCUCAAAGUGCGGUGAUUAGCAGGGAUGGUUUAGCUAAGACGAUUUAUUCUCGUUUAUUUGAUUGGAUAGUGGAUAAGAUUAAUAAUUCCAUUGGACAAGAUCCUAACUCAAAAUCUCUGAUUGGCGUCCUCGACAUCUACGGUUUUGAAAGCUUCAAGACAAAUAGCUUUGAGCAGUUCUGUAUUAAUUACACAAACGAGAAGUUGCAGCAGCAUUUCAACCAGCACGUCUUCAAAAUGGAACAAGAGGAAUACACAAAAGAGCAGAUUGAUUGGAGCUACAUUGAGUUUGUCGAUAAUCAAGAUGUCUUGGAUCUUAUUGAAAAGAAACCAGGUGGGAUAGUAGCUCUCCUUGAUGAAGCUUGCAUGUUUCCCAAGUCGACACAUGAAACAUUUUCAAACAAGCUUUAUCAAACAUAUAAAGUUCACAAGCGCUUUAUCAAGCCAAAAUUGUCUCGCACGGAUUUCACCAUUGCUCAUUAUGCUGGAGAGGUCCAGUAUCAAUCCGACCACUUUUUGGACAAGAACAAAGACUAUGUAGUUCCCGAACAUCAAGAUUUGUUGGGUGUUUCCAAAUGUCCUUUUGUAGCAGGUCUUUUCCCUCCACUUCCAGUAGAGACAAGCAAAUCUUCAAAGUUCUCUUCGAUUGGUUCUCGUUUUAAGCUACAACUUCAACAACUAAUGGAAACAUUAAAUUCUACUGAACCUCACUACAUAAGAUGUGUUAAGCCAAACAAUCAGCUAAAACCUGCCAUAUUUGAGAAUAUCAAUAUCAUGCAGCAAUUGCGUUGUGGUGGUGUUUUAGAAGCAAUCCGAAUUAGUAUGGCUGGAUACCCUACUCGUCGCCCUUUCUUUGAAUUCGUAAAUCGAUUUGGACUUCUUUUCCCCGAGGCUUUGGCAGGAAGCUAUGACGAAAAGGUUGCUUGCAAAAAGAUUUUGGAAAAGAAGGGACUUCAAGGGUUCCAGAUAGGUAAAACUAAGGUAUUCUUGAGAGCUGGUCAGAUGGCUGAAUUGGAUGCAAGAAGAGCUGAGGUACUCAACAAUGCAGCAAAAACCAUCCAGGGGUGUGUACAGACGCAUUAUGCUCGUAAAAGGUUUAUUGCGUUGCGGAAGGCUACUGUAUUGGUGCAAUCACUAUGGAGAGGAAGACUGGCUUGCAAAAUUUUUGACAGAAUGAGGAGGGAGGCAGCUGCUAUAAAAAUUCAGAAGCAUACACGUAAAUAUGCAGCCAGAACAGCCUACAAGAAACUUCAUGUAUCUGCACUUGUCGUGCAAACAGGUUUAAGAGCUAUGAUUGCUCGCAAGGAAUUCAGAUUUAGGAAACGAACUAAAGCUGCAACCAUUAUCCAGGCCCGGUGGCGCUGUCAUAAAGCUGUUUCCUACUAUAAGAGGCUAAAGAGAGGUGCAGUUGUCACACAAACAGGAUGGAGGUGUAGAGUUGCUAGAAGAGAGCUAAGGUUGCUCAAAAUGGCUGCAAGAGACACCGGCGCACUAAGAGAAGCCAAAGACAAGCUUGAAAAACAUGUAGAGGAACUCACAUGGCGUUUACAACUCGAAAAACGAUUAAGGACCGAUUUGGAAGAAGCAAGAGCGCAAGAGGCAGUGAAAUUCCAGAAUUCAUUGGAAGAAAUGAAAAUUAAAAUAGAAGAAGCCAAUGCUUUGAUAGUCAAGGAGAGGGAGGCUGCAAAGAAUGCUAUUAAUGAGGCACCUCCUGUAAUUAAAGAAACUCAAGUACUCGUUGAAGAUACUAAGAAAAUUGAUUCUCUAACAGACGAAGUAGAAAACCUAAAGGUCACGUUAGAUUAUGAGAAACAAAGAGCUGAUGAUACUCAAAAGAAAUACAGUGAAGUACAAGAGAUUAGCGAAGAAAGACGGGUGAAAUUGGAAGAGACGGAGAAAAAGGUUCAACAACUUCAGGAAUCCUUGCAAAGGCUAGAAGAGAAACUUACCAAUUUAGAGUCGGAGAAUAAAGUCCUACGGCAACAGGCUCUGUCCAUGGCACCCAACAAGUUCCUCUCAGGACGCUCCAGAUCAGUAAUGCAGAGGGUUGAAAGUCAUAUUCCAGUUGAUGCUGCAAGAACAAGUUUGGAUCUGCAGAGCCCUUCAGUGAACCACAGGGAGCACUCUGAAGUAGAUGAUAAACCACAGAAGUCAUUAAAUGAGAAACAACAGGAGAACCAGGAGUUGCUCAUUCGUUGCGUCGCACAACACCUAGGCUUUGCAGGGAAUAGACCUAUAGCUGCUUGUAUCAUAUACAAGUGCCUUUUGCAGUGGAGAUCAUUUGAAGUUGAGCGAACCAGUGUGUUUGAUCGGAUCAUCCAGACCAUAGGCCAUGCUAUUGAGACCCAGGAUAACAAUGAUAGCUUGGCCUAUUGGUUAUCCAAUGCCUCAACACUUCUCUUACUGCUUCAACGUACAUUGAAAGCAAGUGGUGCAGCAGGAAUGGCUCCACAGCGCCGACGAUCAUCAUCAGCUACUAUAUUUGGAAGAAUGACACAGAGUUUCCGUGGAGCUCCACAAGGAGUCAAUCUAUCCUUGAUCAAUAAUGGUGGAGUGGACACUUUGCGGCAAGUUGAAGCCAAGUACCCCGCUUUGCUUUUCAAGCAGCAGCUUACAGCAUAUGUAGAAAAAAUUUAUGGAAUGAUUCGGGAUAAUCUGAAGAAAGAAAUAUCUCCUUUGCUUGGAUUAUGCAUCCAGGCACCAAGAACAUCCAGAGCAAGCUUAGUGAAGGGGGCACGCUCAGUAGCCAACACUGCAGCCCAGCAAGCCCUGAUUGCUCACUGGCAAGGGAUUGUGAAGAGCCUUGGAAACUUCUUAAGCACUUUGAAAUCUAAUCAUGUACCCCCAUUUUUAGUUCGUAAGGUGUUCACGCAGAUAUUUUCCUUCAUCAAUGUUCAACUAUUCAACAGCCUUCUAUUAAGAAGAGAAUGCUGUUCAUUUAGCAAUGGUGAAUAUGUUAAAACUGGGUUGGCCGAAUUGGAGCACUGGUGUUACAACGCAACAGAUGAGUAUGCAGGUUCAUCCUGGGAUGAGCUCAAGCAUAUUAGACAGGCUAUCGGGUUUCUGGUUAUUCAUCAGAAGCCGAAGAAAACUUUGGAUGAGAUAAGCCAUGACCUGUGCCCGGUUCUAAGUAUCCAGCAGCUAUACCGUAUCAGUACCAUGUACUGGGAUGACAAGUACGGCACACACAGUGUGUCCACCGAUGUUAUAUCGAAUAUGAGGGUGCUGAUGACGGAAGAUUCGAAUAAUGCAGUUAGCAGUUCUUUCCUGCUGGAUGAUGAUUCAAGCAUUCCAUUUUCAGUUGAUGACUUAUCAAAGUCCAUGGAACAAAUUGACAUUGCUGACAUUGAACCACCACCUCUGAUUCGCGAGAACUCGGGCUUUAGUUUCUUGCUGCCGCGCAUCGAAUAAACAUCAUCACACUGCAGAAAUGGAUUGAUUUCUAUUCGUUGGUCUCUCAUUACUGAAAGAUGUAAAUUCAACCCUCAAGCUCCUCAACUGUAGAUGGUCUCCUGGGAGGUUAUUCAUUUUCAGAGAUUUUGCCUUACACUAGACAUUACGACAAUUCCUUUGAAAUUCUUUUCUAUAGGUAGUCCAUUGCUACAAAAAGGGAUGCCAUUGCUCCCAUAUCAAUGUAGUGACAUUUCUUCAUUUUGUUGUACAACUAGCUGACAUUUUUGAAGGGAGAAAAAAUAAUGCUUGUGAAAGAAGAUUAGGAUUUGAAGAAUUUGCGAUAGGGAUGCGAUAUUAGGCUUUCCGAGCAAAAGGACUAACUAAUUAUUCUGGUAAAAACACCGGGACUGAGUGACAAUUUACUCUUUUUUCUCUAUAUAAUUCUGUAAUCAAUCCA